GUUCCAGAGGGAGGUAAAGAAAGAAAGCACUGCGUGUCAUGCAGAGAGAGGAUGCCUCCAAAUCCAAUAUCCAUUGUUCUCUCUCCUUUAAACUUCCUCUUUCAGUUGCUUCCAAAAGUCAAAUAUGUCAAAAUCUGGUGCUUUGGAUCUGGCUGCCAGAGUUGGCGGGAAGAUUGAGAAAAAGGAAGUUAAAUCUGCUGUUCAGAAGUAUGAAACGUAUCAUGCUGGUGUGGAUGAUGAGGAGAGAAAAGCUAACUAUACUGACAUGGUUAACAAGUACUAUGAUCUUGCAACAAGCUUCUAUGAGUACGGUUGGGGUGAGUCUUUCCAUUUUGCACCUAGAUGGAAGGCGGAGUCUCUUCGUGAAAGCAUCAAGCGACAUGAGCACUUUCUUGCUUUGCAGCUAGGUCUGAAGAAAGGACAGAAGGUGCUAGAUGUUGGCUGUGGAAUAGGAGGGCCCCUAAGAGAAAUUGCUAGAUUUAGUGAUACAUUGGUAACAGGGGUAAACAACAAUGAAUAUCAAAUAACAAGAGGAGAGGAGCUAAACUGCAUUGCAGGAGUGGAGAAGACCUGCAACUUUGUGAAGACUGACUUCAUGAAGAUGCCAUUUUCUGACAACACUUUCGAUGCAAUAUUUGCAAUAGAAGCCACCUGCCAUGCACCAGAUGUGCGGGAUUGCUAUAAGGAGAUAUUCAGAGUGUUGAAACCUGGUCAGUGCUUUGCUGCUUAUGAGUGGUGCAUAACUGACUCCUUUGACCCCAGAAACCUAGAACAUCAAACAAUUAAGAGGGAUGUUGAGCUUGGUAAUGGACUUCCUGACAUCAGGUCAAUGGAAGAAUGUCUUGAAGCACUACAACUUGCAGGAUUUGAGGUUAUAUGGGAGAAGGAUAUUGCUGUGGUUUCACCUCUACCUUGGUAUUUGCCACUUGAUAAAAGUCAGAUCUCACUUAGCAACUUCCGGGUGACUGCUUUGGGACGAUUUUUCACUAGGAAUAUGGUCAAAACCUUGGAGUUUCUAGGCCUUGCACCAGAGGGUAGUCAAAGGGUUCAAGCUUUUCUGGAACAAGCGGCAGAUGCACUUGUUGCAGGUGGAAAGAGAGGAAUAUUUACACCAAUGUACUUCUUUUUGGCUCGGAAGCCUCUUUAAAUUGUAGGAAAGCUUAAACGAUAUUACCAAUCAGAAUUGAAGUGGCCCGAUUAAUAUAUUUUCUCACCUGGAGAAUUGAAAAUAUCUCAAUCGGAGUUCGACUUUUUUAUUGGAAGCUAAUUGUGGUGACUUUGUCUUUGGAAUAUCCUGAAAAUAUAUUAGAAUCCUUGGUAUAUAGAUCUUUGCAAACUUA